CCUGAUAAUGAUAACUAGGCUUUUCUUUGUGGACAUGAAAGUGGGAAAUCGCACCAUCCUUACUGAAUUCAUCCUGGUGGGCUUUUCAGCAGACCCCCGGUGGCAGCUGAUUCUAUUUGGAAUAUUUCUAAUUCUCUACUUGGUAGCAUUAUCAGGGAAUAUGACCCUGGUUAUCUUAAUCAGGAUUGAUUCCCGGCUGCAUAUACCUAUGUACUUUUUCAUUGGCAAUCUGUUUUUUUUGAAUUUCUGGUAUACCUCUGUGUAUACCCCUAAAAUCCUGGCCAAUUGUGUCUCAGAAGAUAAGCGCAUUUCCUUGGCUGGAUGUGGGGCUCAGUUGUUCUCCUGUGUUGUAGCUUACACUGAGUGCUAUCUGCUGGCAGCCAUGUCAUAUGAGCGCUAUGUGGCCAUUUGUAACUCAUUGCUUUACUCAGCUGUUAUGCCCACCUCUCUCUGUGCUGGGCUUGUUGGUGGAUGUUACAUUGGUGGAUAUUACAUAGGUGGAUUUUUGAAUGCCAUAGCCCAUACUGCUAAUACUUUCCAGCUGAGUUUUUGUGGUAAAAAUAUCAUUGACCACUUUUUCUGUGAUGCACCACCAUUGGUAAAAAUGUCCUGCACAGAUACUCGAAUCUACGAAAAAGUCCUCCUUGGUGUGGUGGGCUUCACAGUCCUCUCCAGCAUUCUUGCCAUCCUCAUUUCCUACUUGAACAUCCUCCUAGCUAUCCUGAGGAUCCGCUCAGCUUCAGGAAGGUGCAAGGCUUUCUCCACCUGUGCUUCUCACAUAAUCUCAGUCAUGCUCUUCUAUGGAUCCUUGCUCUUCAUGUAUUCAAGGCCUAGUUCUACCUACUCCCUGGAGAAAGACAAAGUGGCCGUCCUGUUCUACACUGUGGUCAACCCAUUGCUGAAUCCCCUCAUCUAUAGCUUGAGAAACAAAGAUGUCAAAGAGGCCUUCAGGAAAGCAACACAGACCAUACGACCCCAAGCAUGA